UGAAUACGAUCAAAAGAUUGACUCACAAUAUGAAAAACAAAAUGUUCUAAUAUUAGUCGUUUGCUAAUUAUGUAGCUAAUUAUAAAGCGCUACAAAAAGAUAUGAAUUAUUUUCUUUUGACGAUUUAUUAAAUAAUUUUUUAGUUCUACGCUGAAGAUGUCUUAUCACUGGAUAACACGUGUUAUCACAACAUAUGUUAUCAUAAUAUAUAAUAUAAAGUAUAUAAUAAUUUCAUUUUACCGCUGAGUUUGAUUCAUAUACACGUUGAUUGUUUUAUUUUGAUAGAAAACGUAAUGGUAUAACAGGUAUGACUAAGUCUGUUAUUUAGAUAUCUGAUUGUCCUCAUAAAACAAAUCACAAAACAUAUCGCUUAAGUCGAUUUUAUUGAUCACGAUUCAAGGCAAUGUUUGUAGUUAUCUAUUCAGUCGCUCGCAGGUCGAUUGAGUUGUGUAUGCAGACCUAUGUAAUAAAUGCUAGUCGCGUAUGCAUAGUUAACAACGAGAUGUUUCGUGAUAACAACGAGAUAUUUUGAGAAGUAGGUGGCCCUUUUUCGAAGCAAAAUAACAAGACACGUCAACGGAAGUGUAAUAUUUUGGCGCGUAUCUUUGUACCAAUUUAAGAUAUAUCUUGCUAAAUUGUCCUAUCAUUAAAAAAUUUUAUAAAUGCACAUAUUGUUCUCUCGUUUUAUCCAGUUGUUUUAACGUUACAUACCGGCAUUAUGGUAAUAGAAACCAGAAAGUUAUCCACGGUACAUGAUGUAUGUAAUACCAAUGAGUUUCUUUAGUGUGUUUAUCCCUCAGCGAAAAGAUAUUUUAGUCGAUUUUUCAUUUAGUCCUGUUGCAAUCUCUUCUUCCGAAUCAUGCGUACCGAUUUUCUUGGUCAUGAAGCGAUGAAGCAUUGUUACGCGAGAGGAAGAAAAAGGAUCGGUUCGAGUAUAUUGGCAGAAAGAAAGCGACUUUUCGUGUUCCUUUAUGUGUCCAAAUGUUAAAUCGGUACAAGAGAAGAAGAGAAGAAACUGAUCGGUAGCAAGCCGGCUUUACAAACACGUCCGGGGGGCCCCGCGUAACCAGUUUGUGAUUGGUUAAGCUGUGUACCACGUGGCGGCGUUGCGCGGGUGGGGAUUGGCCAGCACGGCCGCGCUCCGCGGGCGAAAGCAGCGAGUUUUGUUCUAGUAUUUACCCCGCGGUGUAAAGUUGGCUCUCGCGCUCUCCGGUGUCCUUAAGCCUUAAGUCACGUUCCAUUGUUCGCGUCGUUCCUUCAAGAUCCUCUCACACCGUAGAGAAUCCCUGUUGUUCUAUCGCUUGUGCUUUUUAGUGGUGAACGCCAUACGAAUUGUGCGCCAUGUUCGCGCCGCGAGCAACACGCGAUCCACCGGCUAUUGUGACAAGUGAUACGUUUUUUUCAUGAACAAGUUGGAGUGUGUGCGUUUAAAUCCCAUUCUGGAUUACACUGGCGGUGUAUGUGACUACGUACUCUUGCCGUUAGGAAGGCAAAAGUCCAGUGGUAGUAAACGACGAGGCGAAAGCACGCUGUGGGAUCGUGGAAUGUGCGCUGACAGAAAACGAUGAGUUCGUAGCGGGAAGGGUUCGAGGGCAGAGCAUGAGGGUCGGCCAGGAAACGCGGAAAGAACGUUCACAGUUCGGCGAAGCGAUUAAUGACUGUCAGUCACCGAACACAGCUGGACACGUCUCUGUCUCCACCGGUUGGAGAUGAGCACGAAGGAGCUGAAUGCGACAACGUUGACGACCACAAUGACCACGGCCACGACGCUCACGUCGUCCACGAAGCUCGAUGUCGAGGCCGAGGACGACGAAGAGCCACCGACCACGUUCGAAGCAUUGGAUAUGGAUCUGGUGAACGGACCGAAUCCGUGGCUUCCGGCCUAUGGUUUCCAAUUACAGCAUCGUUCCCAUUUUCAACCUACGCAUGAGGAUCUACGGACUAAUGACACAGUGCUAGUGCAGCAAGUGGACUUUCUAGAAACUAUUCUAGAGGAAACAUCCGACGAUCUACAAAGCGAUUCCGAUCGAAGUGGAACUACAUAUUGGGUGGGCUCAGACUCUGAAACCGAAAGCGUGAUACAUAUACGGGCGAAGCAGAGAUUGGCUGACGAGAGGCUGGAUGGCAGCGGAAGCGAAUGCAAUUCCGUGGUUCCGAAGAAGAGACGUCGAAAACACAAUGGCAACAGCGAUCGAGAACACCAGGCUACCUUCGACGAUUACCCACCAUCACCGAGGUCAUCGAGGUCGUCCGCCUCCUCAAGGUCUAGCUCUCUAUUGCAAUUCGAAUCCUUAGAAAGGACCUGUGCCACACUGUCGCCGUCCAGUUACAGCUUCGAUUCGCUGGAGUAUCCUAAUCGAUCAAACGCCUCUCAUCCUGAGAACACGUCGCCAGACAGCCUCGAGCAGGACUAUGACAAGGUUUUACCAAACGGUUUUGGAAGCGUCGUAGAUCACUUUACCAGAAUUAGACCUUACCGUAGCUUCGAAAGUUUGGACACCUGUCAAAAGGAAGAGGAGUUUGGUUCUGGUGGUCUCACCAAUGGAUUCACACCUUUGUACCUGAAACGAAACAUGGACCUGUCGAGAACACGUAGCAAUGGCUACCACCGUCCAAGGGACUUUUGGCACGAGGACGAAGAAUACGAAGACGACGUUGGCGACGAGGACCUUGACGAAGAAGAUCGUAUGCUAAACGACAAUCGAUCCGGGGCGGAGCUCGAGGAUCGACUGAUGGUGUUCGGCGAUUCCGCGUGCAACUACGCGACGUCACUGGAUUAUCGGAAUACGAUCGACCUACGAGAGAUCGGUGUCGAGUCGAAAAGGGACGCACUGUUGGACCUGAAAUCUGGCCAAACGGCUGUGUCGAGUUCGUUUCGCCUGCUGCAGACUAGAUUAAAUAUAGCCGGCAAUAUGGCGCACGGCCGUAACAACAUGGUCGCCGAUCAUCAUCAUUACCACCAUCAUCAGCUGCAGCAGCAGCUCCACAGUUACGAGCAGCACGAGCAGCACCAGCGUCAAGGGUGGAGCAACGAGGAGUGCUUUAAUUUUAGAUUCACGGAUAAAUCUCAAAGCGCGCCCAGUCUGCCUAGCAGCGUCACCGAGUCCGCACACGGUCCACAUUCGUUGGCCGCGUACGCAUCCUCAUCCAGAGCGACCUUCUUCGUAUCCACGUCGAAUUUGUUCGAGAAUUAUACAAGGGUAGCUAGCGUGCCCGUCGACUUGAAUCUUUGCGGCGUCCACACGACGCAUGAUGAUACACGCUACUCUCCAGUGAAUUUGCACGAGCAUCACGAAAUGGCGGAAGUCUCCGUUGUUCAAAGUAAGAAGCGACUGGAAAGCAACGAGGAAAUUCGACAGAACGGAGGCGAGGAGAGUGGACAAGCGAAGAACUCGUUAUCGAGCUCGGUCAGAACGCAAGCCUCGCAGAACGCGAUGGUAGAUGGCGAGAUGGACCCCGAGAAAGCGGAAGAAGAGCCGAAGGAGGACGAGGAAUACGUAGGAGAGUACUGUUCAAAGCCGCGAGAGAUGAAACAAGUACCUUCGACGGUGAAGACGCAAGAUCCGGGAAACUGUAUACUCGAUAUGGCGAUUGCUAUGGAGAACGACAUCGAUUCGGUGGAUGCAGCGAUCAAACAGUUGAAGCGCGAGGCCGUGGAAGUUACCUCGAAUAACACCAACACGUUAUCUGGUAUCGAUGGUAUUCAGAGAACUCCUUCCGAUAGACAGCGACCGUGGAAGGUAAAGAACAACGCGAGCUACGAGUUGGCUCAGCAAUUCGAAAUCGACGAGAGAAGUUUCCGAUCGAAUAAAUAUCGUAAGGAGGUUGGUAACGAUGGUGAAAAAUCGUUGAAAAGUGGACGAAAACGAGUGUCAAACAACGCUAGUUACGAGCUGGCCCAGCAGUGUGAUUACAUCAAGGCUCUCCAGUCUUCCAAAAGUGGAUUCAAGCGGAUGGAUGCGUGCGACGAGUUGGAGGAAUCGAUUUCAGGACGAUCCUCGCUGCUCAGAGUUUCCGAUUUGGUGCAGCAAAUGAGUAGUAGCUCGACAUCGAAUCUACCGAGCUAUAGCGAGCCGUAUUUGGAUACCAGGAAAUAUUCAAAGUCCGCGGAAAAUAUUUCCACGCAGUUCUCGAUAGCUCCGUUCACCAGGAUUCCGAUCAAUCAGCUGGGCCAGCGGCUCAAAAAACAGCAAGAGGAAACACUUUUCGGCCAGAUAAAAAAAAACUCGGAUCCAUUUUCGGUUUAUGGAGGCGAUUCUAACGCCCGUGUUUUAGUAGACGACGAAAUAGAUUUACCCUGCUUGGAAACCAAACCCGUAGGAACUUCCAGCCUAGAGGGGGGCGUAAAACGCGAGGAAACAAGCGUCCAGAAACCUCAGAAACCUUUAACCCCAGAACGUGAAAAUGUUGAUUCAAACGCUUCCUAUAAAGCCGCGACUGCGGACGUGAUUUCCAAGGAUACGGAUCAAGAUGCAGCGAACGAGACGAGCUGUUCGAAAAGGUCGUUCAUCGGUGAUUUCUAUCCGGAAAAAAUCGUGCGGUUGCAGCAACAGGAGGAGGGCCGUUAUGCGGAUUAUCGGCCAGUGGAAGACGAUCGUGCGGUCGAACUCGAAAUUGACGAAAGUGGCGGCAAAAACGAAAGUUCUUCGAUGAUUCGAUUAUCAUCGACUUCGUCGUGCAACGGUAGAAACAAUGGAGAACUGUUGUGGAGAGUCAUAGUGGAAAAGCAGGCCGCGGAAAAGGAUGCUCCUGUGAAGAAGGCUACGAAGGAGAAAGAGGUGGAGGAGGAGAAAUUACAGUACAAAGUGGAGAAGAACGAGAGAGAGCAAAAGAAGGAGGAGAAGGAGGCAACGGAAGCAGCGAGGGGACACACUGUUCACGGUGUUCAUUGCCCCCCACCCAACGGUAGCAGCAACAGCGACGGUCUGGAACUCGGUGAACGGAGUGGGAAUCCAGCGGUGGCCGUGGUAGUUGAUACGAAUCAUCGCGGUGUUCGCGACAAACGUCACGAGGAGAACGCGGCGGCAACAACUGCGCCGGUUAGCGUAGACGACAAGAACGACGGCCACGCGACUAUGUCGGCCACGACGACCACAACGACAUCACGUCCGUUCGUCGCGGCACCCAUCGUCAAAACCGAGCCAUCGGCGGCGAGAUUCCAACGGAACAUGGUCGUCGACGCGUCGUCCGCGACCACGGUGAAGGAAGAGCGAAAAAAAGGUGGACUCGGUGGAUUUCUUCAACGAUUCUCAAGGCUUCGGUUCAGUGGUAGAUCGAAAGUGCCGCGAUCCGAGGUGCAGAAGAAAAGUGAUACGAUCGGCCAAGUGAAUCGCGCGAAGGUGACCGAGGAGAAGGUUAAAAAGGAGCCGGACUAUGUUAUCAUACCGUUGCAUCCUACCGAAGAGGAAAGACAGAAACAAGACCAGAACACAGCUGCGGACAGCAGAAUAGACACCACCGGCAAUGACAGAAUUGUCGCCGACGUUCAACGAAGUUCCUCUGUUAUAAGCGCAAACGGGAGGGCGCCAGUGUCCAGCAAGCCGCCCCUGCCUCCGCAGCCGCCCCGUGUCGGGGCGCUGGGUUCGAGAUCGUCGACGGGCGCGUCGGCGGCGGCGGCGGCGUGUUCGUCGCGCCGACGCGCGGCCACAGACCUUGGAAAUCCGGCGGCCAUCGAGAUGGCGAAAGCCCGCACGAUGCAGGCCGCCCAGGAGCGCCCGGUCGGCCUGCUCGAAACCGACCUCGACGAGGCCGUGCCGUUGACGACGUCGACCAGCGUCGCCGAUGCCGUUUCCGUCUCCGCGAACACCGCCAGCAAGAAGACCAGGAGUUUGCUCAAUCUGAAUCACACCUCGGCCGCCCCGCGACCCAGACCGGAGCACGCCCUCCACGUACCCCAGUCGCCUGUCGCCGCUUCGCACAGGAGCCCCCGCGACGACGACGCCGCCUCCACCAUCAACCAACGGCCACACAAAUCCAUGGAGUUCCUUCUCGACAAGGAGAACCUGCAUUUCGUCAAGCCGCCGGAGAACGAGUUGCAGAAAGUUGGCGAACGCGUGCCCAGCGAGCACGAACUCAGAGUGCAGAGGUCUCUGCAACGACUGAACGUCCCGGAUUGGUACAAGAAUUCUCCCGCGGCUCGCGAUGGUUUCCGGUUAAAGAGGCACUCCGACGCGUCGCAACACGGAGGAUGGCGUGCAUUGGGCUCGAAAACCACUUCCCUCUCGUCCCUUUCAUCGUCUUCCAAUAGACAGCCGACUACAGGUGCCCUUCUUAGUCCAAGUCCCACGCCACCUGUAUUCUCAAGAUGGAGUACCAGUCUGCUAAACAGUGCCGGAAGUUCGCCAGCGAGUUCAACAAGGUCGUCUUUCAAUCAUCGACAGCCGUACUUGGGCUGGCGUUCUCAAGAACGGCUAACGAACCCGCGAACACCGGCAGAACGUCUUGCUCAGGGUAUUCUUCCCCAGUUGCAAGCAGCAAACAAGCAGCAACAACAACAACAACAGCAACAACAACAGCAGCAGACAACGAAUCAGCAGCUAGAGGUAAGGAACUCGAUAAAGGAGGUAACCUCGGCCAUUGUGCACUACGUGCAAAGCGGUCAGGAGGUUGGUGGAGGUGGCAGGCUGUCGCCUCGACCUCGACCUGAAGACUGGGACGACAGGGGCGGAGCAAGGUCGACCAGCCCCAGAGGAUCGGGCCAGAGCGAUACGGACGAGGCGAUGGCGACGGCAGCUCUUCUGCGGAACAAACCGAGCCCGGGUUCCACGACCCUGGAGGACGUCCUUGACUCCCUCCUUGGCCUGCCAUCCGCGUCGCGUACCCCGAGUCCUGGGCCAGGUCCCGUCGUAACCGGUACAUCCGCCACCAUGCGCCAUCGAACUAACAUCGGCCAGGCUAAUGCAAAAGCCGGGAAGAGCUGCAGCGACCUACGCCAAGACCUCCAAGAGUCCGCUAAGAGCGUGAUGGACGUGCAGCUGCAAGGAGCCUCCGAGGAGCGUGCCUCGUAUUACGUGGGUGAGCUCGUGCGACGAAAGAGCGAGGGUAGCGACACGAUGCCCUCGAAAACGGCUGCGGCACAGUCGAGAGGCGUACCCUUGAGUCACCGAAGAGUUUCCUUUGACAACAAUCAGGAGGCGAAUGGCCUGGUGGCUGGCAACGUUGCGGAGAAAAUCAUUCGUUGCCGAAAUAACAAGUGCAGUAACUCGGCCACCUUGGCCGAGGCGAGGAAGACCUACAAAAGCUGUCACAAUUGUACCUGCCUGUAUUGCUCGAGGGAGUGUAGAAGAGCGCACUGGCAGCGUCAUCGGAGAACCUGCUUGCACUCCCGAGCCGGAAGCCUCUGCAAACAGGUGUUAUCCUCCGCCAAGGAGGAUCCUAUCACGUUGAAACACAUCUCGGCGUUGGCCAAGCGUGGCUACGCGUUCCACGGCCGUGGAGCCGUCAAGUGUUUCUUCUCGAGUCCAGAAGCGGCGGAGAAAUUCAUCACAAACGGUUUCGUCGACUUAGGUGAACCCACGUACGUGCGAUGGUCGGAUUUGCUGGCCAGAGAAAUGGGAGCGGAACUGUACGCCGAGGUGAUCAGACUCUGCAAGUCGUACAAUCCGGAUACGAGGCUGGUGUUGUAUGUGGCCGUUUGCGUGGUCAGCGAGGUGCCAACCAGUGGAGCGGUAAAAUGGGAACGACAGUUGGUGUCCAGAUGCGCGAAAAUCCACUUAGACUCGGCAAACAGGCAUCACACAUCUUCGUCGUCCGCCUCGCCGCAGGGUAGGCAACAGUCCACGUCUCCCUGCAACAUCACCCGAGAGAUGGAGUCCCCGGAGAUGCUGGUGCUUACCUCGCUGCCAGGCAAUAACGGCCAGAACACACCCAGGAAAAUCCGGGAAAUCAGUUUCACCAACAUCCAGAGACAACUGAAACUGAGGGGCGUGUCACUCAGGAGGCACUUUCCGCAGGUUUACAGGAAGCUCCGUGCCUACGUGGAUGGUACCGUGGAUAAGUUCGCUCCGGUUACCAUCUAUCCGAGAGACCAGGCAUCUGGUAAAAGUUUCAUGUGCAUCAUCAUGCUCGGUGUAGAACCUGAGCGCCUUCAGCUGCUUCCCACAGAUUCCUCUAGGGUUAGAACCGUUGACAUUAGCGUCGAGGAGGAAUGAACGCCGAAUAGAAGCUCUUAAGUACUCGCUUGUGCGAUUUUUUUUUCUUUUUUUUUUACUAAAUUAGUAGGAAUAAUCUUUUGCAGGCUACGAUAGACGUGCGUGCAAGACGCGAGGAAUAUUUCGAGCUUCGUCUUCGAGUUUAUAUCCUUCGAUAAAAGAGAAAUACAUGUAGCAGUCGCGAAACUGUGAGAGAAAUAGCUGAAGGAAGCUCGUGGAAUUCGAUAGGAAAUUGAAUGAAAGUAAAUCGUCUUUCGUGAAAAGAUGCCGAUUAGGAUGGUCUUUCGGGAGAAGAUGAUUUACCAAAUCGAGGACACGUCGAGGUGCUUGAUGUUCCACGACAUUUCGUGUGAAGCAACGAACAAAAUAUCGUAGAAAAAAUUAGACUAUACGUUGCCAAACACUCUCGCCUUGAUUCAGUUUUUCAGAUAGAUCUAAUUGUGUAUUUAUAGUUUCUGAUUAAAGCACGUCGGGUACGCGUUACAAUCGUUGGAGAUGUUAGUUUACGCGUCAUUUCGAAGAUCAGGGACUAUAUAUCGUAAUUUCCAUACGAUGUCUGCUCGAUUAAUUAUCGUAGAUCGAGAAACAUUCAUUUCCGUGGACGCUUAACGUGCGUGUUGUAAUCAACAUGUAUCAGUUUCAUUCGCGAAUCUUAUUCGUGGAUCUUACAGUACCUAUCUCUGAUUGCUUCGAUAUAAAACCGAUAUAAAACAAAAAAUAAAAAUCUCCUCGAUUUGGUUGUUAUUCUGUCAGAUGUUUAUUAGCAACUAUAUCGAUUGUCGAACGAAUCAACGAGCGAUCUUGAUAGAACAACGGUUCCUAUCGAUAUUUCGAUAUCAAACUACAGUGGGAUAUACUGGAACGAACGUUAUUGAUUCCGAAGUUGCUUUCUUAUAGUUUUUAUUCGUUCUAGCAUCUAUGCAUAAUACAUUGUUGAAAUAUGUACGUACACAUAUCUAGGAACAGUCCAUUCCAAACUCACAGUCUCAAGCAUAAUUACCAUUUAAUACAACGAUAUAAACAGGAGAAAUAUAAUACAAAAGCAUUAAAGCGUAAAAAUAGCAUAAAAUUAAUUUAUUCAACUUUUACGUACACUGUGCGUUUGAAUUUGAAAGGGAUUAACAACAAUAUCUACUUAGCUUAAGUUUAAGGUAUGAAAAAUCCUUAAUAAAAGCACGCAUUUCGUUGUGAUAUCGACGAUUUUUAGUGACAAACACUCUUCGUUGUAGCAUAACCCACUGUAUUCUCCGGAAAACUUUAAAUUUGUUUCUUUUUCCAUCCAGGUUUCACGAAAAAAUGUGAAAUUAACGUAAAAUUAACGUAAAAUCUUGCUGCAUUCUCGAAAAGAAUUAUUUUCUUAACGCAUCGUUCGCAUUAUAAUUAGAGAAUUCUAAUUAUUCGUCUAAUCUGUAAAAAAAGAUGCUAUUCAAACGCUCUACGUUCGACACGUCGUUUUCGAAAGUAAUGACGAGAAGUAUCUUGUUGUCCUUUCGUUCGAUUUAAUGUAGUUACAGUUGUAUUUUUUGAAUUUUAUCAUAUAUAUUAUAUAUAAAGAUUAAAUCUCUCUCCGCGGUGCAGUCUCAGACUGUCUCGAUUAUGAUUCAAGAAGAUGCUCUUCGAAUUGAUGGAUCUCGAGUCAACCUGAGCGCAUCGACGAUAUAAAAAAGGCAAAUGUAGAUUGUGAAAGAGAUUUUCGCAGUUUAAUAGCUCCUUGUGGAAAAUCCUCUAAAAAUCCCAAGUUUCAGAAGUCUGUAAAACCUAACUAGCGGCCGGUGUCCCUGAAAAUAGAGAAUUUCUACCGAGUAAUCGUCUCGAGCUCAAAUCCAAUUACUAUACCGUUUCCACAGACGCGAUCUUUGUGCCAAAGCGUAGACCGUAAUAAAUUAAUAAUCUUUCGAAUUAAGAAAGUAAGCUGCGCGGAUCACGAUGGCAACAGGAAUGAACGUCUGCAGGAAAGAAACAUUCUAAGAAUCUUGAUCUCAUGGACUAACACUUCGUGGCAUCGACGAACUCUCCGUUUAAUAAUAAACUCGCGUUUUUAUCUUUUCAACGAGAUAAGAUCGGGAUAUCAGUUUUACUUUUACGAAAUUUCCUACAUAUUUUCAACAUUUCCACGUAACGUCAGUGAAAUUCGUUUUGCGACAAAUAAACUUAAUAAAGCAGCAAAAUGUCUGCCUGUCAAGGGAAACGAUAAUAGUGCCAACGUUAAAGUCACGAAUACACAAUGGUCGAAUAUAUCUUGAUUAGAGAUGAAAUUUUAAUUUCAUCGGUGAAAUUAUUAAUUUACACGAAACCCUUGUAAAUUACUCUGGUGAUUAAUUCCAACAGAUAUGCCAACGAUAAUAAUUAGAGAUGGCUGGAUCAAUGUUUGUUCUGCUGGUCAUAAUCUCAAAUUAAAGGGAUCUUAAACGUAAUUUGUAGUGCCAGUGGUAGAAUCUCUUGUAAUAUCAUCGUGAGAGAAAUUUCCAAAUGCGCGUGAUGAAACCUCGAAGAUAUUACACUUCUAGCUAUACCGCAUUUCAACAAAGAUAAAUUAUAAAAAUCAUUUUUACAAUUUGAUGUAGUAUCUAUUACAUUCGGAGAAUAUCAUCAUGAAAUAUCACAUAUUUUGCUUUGUUUUGGAUUACGAUUACCUAUGUCAAGGACAUAGGUAAUUUUACUUUUCAGAUAUGCGUAAUUAGCAAACGGAGUAUGUUUUAAGAAACGUAUUUCAUUCAAGUUGCCACAAGAUGAUCAAACGAAUAUUAAGUACAUGUCAUUUGAUUAGAAGUGAAAUGUCUAAUUAUCUCUUUAAUGAAAUGAUACUAUUCUUGUAAGAAACUAAAGUUGAACUGUCUCGUAUAACAAUGUAAGUUUUUUCAAAGCUACUUUUCUCUUGAAACAAUCGGUGAAAUUAAUAUCUUUUCAAAUUAUAUCCAUUGAUAACGUCAUACAUACGUAUACGUAUAAAUAUGUAUAUCCAAUUCUUUAUCUAGUUAGAAUUUUUUACUUGCAAAAUUUAUUUAUUAUGUCUUGUAAUAAGCAGAUAUCAUUUAAAUUGUAUUGUUAGUGUUGCAAAAUAUGGUAUGUAGCUGUAUCAUUUAACAAUCAAAUACAUAUGUAAUGUACGAUAAUUACAAAUUCUAUUUUAUAACGUUUGAACCUUAUUGCUUGAAAAAUUUCCUAUUGAGAAAAUCGUGAUUUCACUUAAAUAGAUAUUAGUAAUUCCGAUUGUAUUGAAAAUAAAUAGUAUUUGGAGAAAGUUAUAUUUGAUAUAUGUAUACUGUGAAAUUAUUGAACUCUUGCCUUAUAUAUUUUCAUGUAUCCCUUAUGGCAAAGGAGACAACUAGGUACUCUACUUUUGAUAAAUCGCUGCUAAUAUUUAGCACACGAGAUAUCUAUCUGAAACUUACAUUACUCUCAUCGAAAUAAUGUAGAUGCUACGUAUUUAUAAUAUAAUAUAUCAGUUUAUAUAUAUAUAUAUAUAUACACACAUUCAUUUUAAUAUUAAUAUAAAUCAUUAAUCACAUGACACGUUAAUUAAAUCAAAAGACACACCUCAAUAGUAAUAAUAAUAAUAAUUGCAAAUAAAAAUCUUCUUUAACAAAGAUAUAAAGAGUCAACUAUUCACACUUUUAUAAGAUAUAAUGCUUUCUCGGGUACUUGUAUAAAGUAUAAUAUAGUAACUACAUAUUGUGCAAUAACAAAUAACAGCUACUCAUAGAGAUAUAUGCUCACCGUGUACAUGUAAUAAAUUCAAUAUAUAUUUAUGAAAUUACUAAAUAUACAUACAUAUAUAUUUAUAUAUCUAACUAACAGCAACAUUUGAAAAAUAGCAAUAAAAGGAACGAGUAAUGUUUUUUAAGAAUCAGGUUUAGAAGAAAGAUAUUGAUAGGUAGAGAAAGAUUUAUUCACAUAUUGUACGCUGUAUAAAAUGUUUUUUUAUGAGAUAAAUAGGAACUAGAAUUAAUAACUUCCCUCGGAGAGUGACUGAAAGUAUUGUACUUUCUGAUUUAUUGUUUAUAGUAUAACCUUAUGACCUUAAUGUUGACUGAUGAGUGUCAAUUUUUACUCUAUAUUUCGAUACAAAAAAAAAGUUCAAUUUGAAUAAUUUUCACAGACCAAUAUUUCGUUUAAAUAGCAGCAACUUGUAUGACGUAAAUUUCUUAAAGUGAUAUUUCAUAAUAACAGAUGGGGAGAAUUGUUAAAGUGCUUAGAUCGAAGAAAGGUAUAAACAGGGAGGAAUGCUGCCCUGAAUACCUAAGUAUCUAUGUACUUGGUAUUCCCUUAAUUGUGCUAAAUUGUUCGAAAAUAAAAGUUCACUGAUGGUAACUAAAUGAAACUGUGACAGUGAGCAAUCUCCUAUCUGAGAACUGCCUCGGCGAACAACAAAUCUAGCCAUUUCGAUUCGAAUUAAAAUGCCAAAAAAUUUCGUCUUAACUAAUAAGUCGACUAAAUUAUUCAUAUAGAAUAGAUUAUUUAAAACAGAUCGUUCUAAUUAUCAUUUAUAGCUUAAUUUGUUUGAACUCUAUAAGUUUCACAACAUAAAUAGAUAUUCUUGCAAUAAUUAAUGAACUUUUAAUUUAGUCCUAAUUUUAGUUAUAAAACAAAAUUGGAUGUGAUUAUUAUUUUCUCAUAUUAGACAAGCCGUAUUUAUCGUACAUGUUUUUAACGCAUACGGUAGCGCUUUGCAUGUACAGUAAAACAUUUAAAUUAUGAAAAGAAAAUUGAUGAUGGAAGUUGUCAUAAUCUCUGAACAGACUGAAUACUGUUAGCAUAGAUGACAAAAAUGAAGUAGUACAAAAUUCAAUCAAACGUAAAAUAAUAAUUUGAUAAUCGAUAGUUUGUACUAUCUAUAUUAUAGUAUUUACUUUAUUUACAUAAACAACUAUAUGAAUUAUGAGACUUAUUUGCUAUUUUACGAUACUUCGAUCAUUCAGUGAAACUAUUUUAGCUAGCACCGAGAGUGCAGAAAAGAGUUUCAAAGAAUCGAUAAAUUGAUCGAUUUGUAGUAUAAUUAAUAAAAAAUGAAGAUAGUGUAUUAAUGCCACGAAAGUUAGUCCGCUGAGUUUUCGAUAGUUCCUUUUACCUGUCUGUAUUACGACAUGCCACGAAUGCGAUUAUUUCGAUCGUACAUUUAGUAUAUUUCUAAACUUAUUGUUUAUCACUUAUCGUAGAAGACGCACAUUUGUCUUACUCAUCGCGUUCUGUGCGCAACGAUCUUCUGAUAUUAUGUAACAAAGGGAUGAUCUAAUUUAUACGACAAGAGAGAAAGAAGAGAGGGACGGUGAUCGCAUCUGUACGAUCGAUAAUUUUAUGAAAAAUCUUUAGAGGUUUUGAAUCGCUGAUCGAUAUCCAUAUUUAUAUGUAACCCUACCGAUUUAUAUAUAUUGUCGUAAUGAUUGACAGGGGCAAGGAAGCGCUCUUGUUCAUUCAAUUCCUUGCCUUUUAUAACAAAAGAAAGAAAAGAAAAAAAAAGAAAAUGUAACGAGUGUGACAAAAAGUGCUUCAAACUAUAUUUAUCGAAAAGCUGGUGCGGUCAAGUAUGUAAUAACGUGAAAGAAAUUGGAGAAAUUUCUUUUUAUCUGAAUCGAUGAUACGUUCUUCUUGUCGUUGGCAACUGACUGCUCAAUGAUUGAACGAGCAAUUACGUAUGUAGCUCGGGUGUAGUCACUCUAAACGUAUCGUUAUCGUUUCAACAUCUAUUUAUCGGUGCUACCAAUGCCUACCACUGUUUUCGCAUCUGUGUAUGUCUCAAUUUUCCAAAUAAAAUGUUAAUUUUAUUAUACCUGCCUGUCACUUCAUAUUUUACGAGAUUUUGUGAUAAUGACUGUUACAUUUAUAUAACUGAUAAAAGCAAAUACUUUAAAACAUAGAGGAUCAAUAAAAUUACAUAUUCUUA